AUGAGCCUCCAGAGCCGGGUUGAGAGGACCCUUCUCCCCCAAACCUGCAGCCUCACUACUCCCGGCCAUGCCCGGGGAGACCCGCACCCACAUCAGUGCCAGAGGCUCCGUGGGGAGAGCAAGGCGACACAGGCAAUGGCGGAAAUGGGUGAGAGCAGCUUGGGGGCUGGCACGCUUGUACUGCCCCGGCUUCCAGAGGUGGAGGGCGCACCCCGGGACCCCGUGAACUAUGGUCAUACUCCCCAGAUCCGAAUGUAUGGGGGGCGCGGUCCCAUAGCGACGGAAGUGGGGCAGGAAGUGGCUCCGCCACCCACGGAGGGCCUGGGAGCAGCCUCUACGUCCGUGGCAACAGACGGCUUUCAAGGUGGAGAGACACACUGCCCAGGUGGGGAGAAGGCCCUAGAAACCUGUGGCACCUGGAAGUCUGGGUCUGAGGUGAUGGCUGGGGCGAAGGCCAAGGAUGCGGAGACUGGAAAGUGCGCCGCCAUCUUCUCAGUAGUGGUGGCUGAGGAGGAGAGGGCUGAGGUGGUGGUGGAGAAGCCAGCAGGGUGUGAUGAUGCACCUUCCCCUGCUUGGGAUAUUCUUCUGUUAAAAAAGGGCGGGGACGAGGCUGUGAAUGCAAUCAGUGCUGCUCGAAUAUUAGCCGCCUUAUUUGAUGGAGACUAA